CUACUCUGUUUUGCUAAAGGCAGCUGCUGGGCACAACACUGUUCUUUUCAGUGAUCAACAAUUUGAAGUACGGCCCUGUUUUGCCUGCUGAAAUGGAAGCAAAACUGAAAGUAGAGAAAACUGGUGCUGCUUCAAAGCAUUCAAGGAAGGGAAGCUUCAGUAGACCCUCUUGGCUUCUUUGCACUAUUGCUGAUUUGGACAAGAAGAUGAAGAAGUUGGUUGUGAACGUUCCCAAUAUAGAUGGUGCUGACAGUUUUACAGAACGCGCUGAUGCUUACUACCAGAAACGGCCACAGCUUCUGGCCUUACUUCAAGAAUUGUAUGACAACUAUCUCUCUUUGGCAGACCGCUAUUGCCAAGCACUUGCCAAGAACCAUCAUCGUCGAAAUUCCUUUCCUAUUCCAUCCUUGCAUUUUGAUCCUGAUAAUGAUGAUCAAUUUGACAAGGAAGAGAACAAUGGAUCGGAGAUUGUUGAUUCUGAUGCUGAGAGCUCAUUAUCAUAUCAGCCUCCAUUUCCAUCCACACAAGCCAAAUUGGAACCAGAUAUGAUCAUUGCAGACUUGGUGAUCAGAAGUGUUGACUGUGAAAUCAUCCUGCACGAGCUUAGUCAAGUCGACAAGCUUUGCAACGAGUCAUCAAGGAAGAUAGAGUUGCAGGAAAGCUUAUUGGAGUUGUUGGAAUCAGAGAGAUUGAUCUUGUUAAAUGAGAACGCGAGAUUGGGAUACAAAGUGGCUUCAUUGAUGGAGGAGAAUAAGGGAUUGUCUUCAGAGUCUUUGUUCAUGAAGAGGAAGGUAGCUGAGCUUGCAAGGUGCAUGCUAAACAGGAGGGAGGAUCAUAGAGUUUGCAUGCUUAGUCGAAAAGUUGAGGAUCUUCAAGGUCAGAUAUUUGGAUUGGAGAGUAGGAACAAUGAGUAUUAUGAGCAGCUACUGAAGCAUGAAGAAGAGAAAAGGAGCAAGUCUAAGAUGGGGUUGAAGGGUUGCUUUAAAGUGCCUGAAGAGGCUGGUGUUGGCAAUGCCAAAAAGGGUGAGAAGCAGAAAACUAUUGGUGCUGAAGUUGGAAAGAAAGUUCCUAAGUUUUGGGACAGGGUUAAAAAGCUUGAUAUCUUCCUUUGUGCACCUGAAUUCAACUAAACCUAUUGUUAACAUG